UCCUCGGCUGGCGACCAUUAAAGACUGCAAAGGCAGACCCUCCAGUUCACGUCCGUAUUUGGAGGCUGCCAAACUAUAGCCUGUUGUCUCUCUCUCUCUCCCGCUAAUAAUAAGCAGCUUCCCUGUUUAGUCACCAGAGGUCAGAGAGAAUAACAAUCUACCUAGCUAGCUACCGAGAAAGGGGUCGACAGAUCGAUCGAGAUUUCGUGCCAGCAUGGAUUACUGGAAGUCCAAGGUGCUGCCCAAGAUGAAGACCGUCUUCGCCAAGAGCGCCGGCAAGAAAGCCGCCGUCGCCGCCGAGAUCGUCAAGUCGUUCGACGAAUCAAAGGAUGGGAUCAACGGUGAGUUUGAGGAGAAGAAGGCGGAUCUCCAGCCUAAGGUCGUCGAGAUCUACGAGUCUACUACUGCCGCAGUCAAGGUUCUCAUCAAGGAAAAGAAGGUUUCCUGGAUCAAGAAGAACUCUGCAGGUGUCACCAAAUUCAUAGAAGAUCUGGCCAACAUUGAUUUCCCUGGAGCCAAGCAAGUGAGCGAGGGCAUCGCCAAGGUUGGUCCGGCCCUGCUGUCCAGUCCCCUCUUCGCGACCUUCGACAAGGUCGCCUCGCUGCUCCCUGGCGCUGAGGAGACGCACAGGGAGGCUCUGGCCGUUGUCGAGAAGGAGGCAGCCGCCCCAGAGGAGAGGAAAGAAGCAUCCGAAGAGAAAGAAGGUGUGGCAGAGGACACAAAAGAAGCAGUCGAGACCCAAGUCGCCGUUGCUGAGGAGUCUAUUUCUGUCGCUGCCGAGCCGGCCACGAAAGAGAGUGCCGUGCCGGCCGCUGACGCCGUUGCAGAAGCUGCUGCACCGUCCGAGCUGCAGGAACCGGCGAAGGCUCAGGAGGAGACGCCCAAGGCUUAGUUAUGGUACCAGUCUCUCUACAACCAUUCAUUGUUCAUGCAUGCUUGAUGAUCUAUCAUUGUUCUGCUUCUCCUUUCUGUUUUCCCUUUUUGUUAGAUUUGCAAGUCUAUAAAUUUGUCUGUACUCAUAUGUAUGCAUUAUUGUGACAUGUGAAGAGAGUAUGUAAGACAUCUGUAAAUUACUGCAUUUUUUUAUAGGAAAAGCCAUCACGACGGAUUUUAUUAA